AGACGAUCGUAAUAGUCGACGAUGAAAAACCGUGUAUAGAGUACGUAGAAUAAAAAUCAUUGGGUGUACAAAACCUGUUCGGCUAAGUUCCUUGUCCAGCCCCACUCGAACUCCGCACACCGUGUUUUAGUGUGUGACAACAGUAGAACGAGACUCUCGCGCUUGUAUAUGGAAAACCAUUCGCGAGUAGAUCGCAACGUGAAAUCGAGUAAACCGGACGUACUAACGAUAUUCGAGAAGGAGAGGAUACCAACUGGGAUCUUCCGUUCUUCCAUUUUGUCGCGUUUAUCGAUCGUUCGAUUUUUAUUUAUUUCUACGAUUUAAUUGUUCUUUUUUCUCGUUUCCUUUUUCUUCCAUUUCCUUCCUCUUUCUUUCUUUCUUUAUCCCUUUUUUCUUUUUUUUUUUUCUUUUUUUUAUUUGUGCGUUUCUCAUCCUCUUCUAUCUAAAAAAAAAAAGUACAUUAUCGUUUGACAUCAUAAGAACAUCAUGAAUGCCAAUGUGUUUCUCGUCGUAUUAUUUUGUUUCGUUACAUUGGUGAACUGCGACUUGGAAGUGCAACUACUCCACGUGCUAUUUCGACAUGGCGACAAGGUACCUCAUCGAGCCUAUCAAAAUUAUCCAAAUGAUCCGUAUCGCGAUUAUACCUAUUAUCCAAUGGGAGACGGCGAUUUGACCAACGAGGGAAAGUUGCGUGAGUACAAAAUUGGCUUGAUGUUACGUGGACGUUACAAUGGAUAUUUUGGUUCGGAUUAUUGGCCCGACAAGAUCUACGGUCUUGCGACGGAUGUGCCAAGGACUCAGUUAUCUAUCCAGCUCGUACUGGCCGGAUUAUUCCCACCCUCCGAGAAACAGACCUGGAAUCCACAUUUGCCCUGGAUUCCCACGUGGACGAGUCUAGCUACACCACACGAUAUUCAAAGCCUAUUAUUCCCUCACUAUUGUCCGCAAUACCAAGAGGAAUACGCACAAUUUCUCGAACAGGAUGAUACUCAAGAGAUGAUAAAAAGAUACAAAAAUGUUUUCUCUUAUUUGACCGAUCAUACGGGAAAAAUUAUUAACACGACCAAGGCCGUUCAAUAUUUGUAUAAUUUAUUGAAGGAAGAGGCCGCACAAAAUCUAACACUGCCUAAAUGGACGGAGAAUGUGUUCCCUAGUCCUAUGAAAGAAAUGACAAUGUUUGAUUUUCAUCUACGAUCCUAUACGAAGACCUUGAAACGACUUAAUGGAGGUAUGCUACUUAGAAGGAUAGUUGAUGAUAUCGAAUUAUAUCAAAAAGGAAGAUUACAACCCACCGAUAGAAAAGCUUUCCUAUUUUCUGCUCACGAAGUGAACGUAGCUGCAUUGGCGAGAACUCUCGGCACCAAUGAACCUUUACUUCCCGCUUAUGGAUCUACGAUAAUACUGGAAACUCUCCGUGACAAAAAGGGAACUUACUAUAUUCGCGUACUUCUAUGGACAGGAGUGACGGAAAAGUUAAUUAUCCAAACUAUUCCUGGCUGUAACGAGCUAUGUCCGUACAAUGAAUUCCGUCUUCUUUUGAAUGAUGUUAUAGCAACCGACGAGGAUCUUCUAUGUCGACAAAAAGAUCAUAAUAAUAAUAAUAAUAAUAAUAAUAAUAAUAAUAAUAAUAAUAAUAAUAAUAAUAAUAAUCAUCAUCAUCGUCAUAUAUCGUCAUCAACGAUAAUCAAUCUGGACAAACUUAUGUUUUAUCUAUUAGGAAUUUCGUACGUGAUUUCGAAAUCGUUAACGUGAACGAGAGAUGAAUCGACGAUGAGAGACGAACGACGUAUGUAUAUAUAUAUAUUGGUUAAACUAUCGUCGAUACGACAACUCCGAUAGAAAGUUAUGCUCGAACGUUCUCUCAAAAACCAUUUAACUCUCAAAAUGUUAUUAUUAUUUAUUUACGUUUCGAGCAU